UAAGGGUCAAACAGUCUUGACCUUCCCUAGCCGACCUCGGAUCGAUUGUGUCAGAGUUGGCCCAACUUGUACUCUAAGCCAGCUAGUUCUCCACUUGCACUAUAAAUAUAUAAUUGUGUGUGUGGAAACUGAGGACUUCGAAACAUGUCGUUAGAGGAGGAGGACAGAGACAGCGGGGAUGAGCAGUACCCUCCUGAUGUGGACUAUGACACUGAGUACCUCAUACAACGUGGCAGAGAACACAGUGGCUCUAGCAGACGGGCAAUUCGCAUCAAUCGAGAGAGAAUGGACGAAGAGACAUUUGAAAAGGGCUUUAAACCCUCGAAGAGGAAGGCCACACUAUUGAAGAAGUUUAUUGAGAAGAUAACUCCACCCGAACCAAUUAAGACAGCUCUCAAACCCCCCCUGUCUCGGAAAGAGUGGCUGAAAUUUUUCCUAGUCCGCCUACCCAUCCUGGAGUGGGUGUGGACUUAUAGACCCUCCUAUUUCGUGGGCGAUAUCAUCUCAGGAAUCACAGUCGCUAUCAUGCAUAUUCCACAAGGUUUGGCCUAUUCCCUGCUCGCCACCCUCCCUGCUGUGUACGGACUAUACGCCUCCGUCGUGCCUGUGGUCGUCUACUCGGUGUUGGGUACCUCCAAACACAUCUCUGUCGGCACUUUUGCUGUGGUCGAGCUGAUGAUAGGCAAUGCUAUUCAACGUACCCUCAAUUCCCUUGGUUAUUCUCAGUGCACUGGAGGCUCAGGGAACCUCACUGACACCCAGGUCCUGGAUAUGGUUGUGGACAAUGUCACCAAUGCCACUUGUGGAAGUAUUAAGAUUGACAUUGCCCUCACACUGGCCCUCAUGACUGGUCUUAUCAUGCUUGUUCUAGGCAUCAUGCAGUGUGGUUUCAUCACGAUUUUUCUAUCCACCGCUCUUGUGUCUGGCUACACCACUGGGGCCGCCAUUCACGUCUUCUCCAGUCAACUCAAACACAUCACAGGGAUUAAUAUUCCUAGGACACCGGGUGUGCUCUCAGUGCCUAAGACUUGGGUGUACUUCUUUGAGAACAUGAAUACCAUCAAUCCUGCCGCUGCCAUUAUCUCCAUCAUCAGCAUCAUCAUCCUCAUCAUCUUCAAGAUCUCCAACAAGUUGCUCCAGGCUAAAGUCGUGAUACCCUGUGCCAAGUACAAAGGUCGCAAAAAGGGGUGUGUUAAAGAGAAGAUCAAGUGGCCCAUCCCAAUACCCUCUCAGCUCAUAGUGGUGGUAGUGUCUACGUUUAUAUCAGCUCAGGCCAUCUUCAGAGAUCCCGACGGCUUCGAUGUCGAUGUGGUUGGUGCUAUAGAGCCAGGAGUGCCUGGUUUUACCCCACCCACCCACUUCCUAGAGUAUAGCAUCUUCCUCAUCCAGGACGCAUUCGUCAUCUCCAUAGUAACGUACUCCGUAACAGUAUCGCUGGUGCAAACGUUUGCGAGGGAGCAUCAGUAUACCUUUGAUAACAAUCAGGAAUUUCUGGCGUAUGGGAUCAUGAACAUCAUUGGUUCGUUCUUCAGUUCGUUCACGGCAGCUGGAAGUUUGUCCCGUUCGUCUGUGCAGUCCAAUGCAGGUGGCAAGACUCAACUGGUGGGCCUGAUAUCAGCAGUCAUCAUAGUGAUUGUGCUGGUAGCACUGGGUCCACUCUUCUUUGACCUGCCGAAGUGUGUGCUAGCUUCUAUCAUCUGGGUGGCUCUGUACGGAAUGUUCAAACAGUUUGGGGACAUCUGGACACUCCUCAAGGUCUCAGUCUGGGACAUGAGUACGUGGCUGGUGGUGUUUGUGGCUACAGUGCUGCUGGGAGUGGACCUGGGUCUUGGAGUGGGCGUCGGCUACUCCCUCUUCUGUCUCGUGCUCAGAACUAUUCUGCCAGUCUACUCUGUCCUGGGUCAAGUAGAAGGAACUGAGAUAUAUAGGAACAAGGACAAUUUUGACAAGAUAUCACCAGUGCCUGGGGUGUUGAUCUACCGGUUCUUGGGACCAGUGUGUUUCGUCAACAGUCGAGUGUUCAGAGCACGGCUGGAGAUGAUGGCCGGACUGUACGGACAAAUGGCUGCCACUCCGAAAGACGGCUGCCUUCAGCAACUCUAUCAGUCCGUGCGUGGCCGUAGUGGUGACUAUCCUGUUCACCCAGUGACCAGUGCGGAGGAGGCCAAGAAUACAAAGACUAUCCCACUGGACACACCUUCCUCCACCAUUGGAAGGAGUCAGUCGUUUCAACAAGCUGUGGAAGUAGACAUAGUGAGCAUGGACAAUGUGGUGUCUGACACACAGGCCUCAUCAUCCAACAGGUCCACCACCAAGACCAUGGAAAAAACAGAAGUGCGUAUCCACACUGUCAUCAUUGACUGUGCUCCUAUCAGCUUCUUGGACGCAGUGGGAGUCAAGACACUAGAGACUGCUGUAUUGGACUUUUACAAGCAGAAUGUGCAAGUGAUUUUUGCUUCUAUGAUCAAGGAAAAUCGCGACCGACUGAGAUGGUCGGGGUUCUACAAGAAGUGUGGUAAGAAGUGGCUCUUCCCCACUGUGCAGGAUGCAGUAGACCAUGCCAAGAGUGGAGUUCCUCUGGUACCUCGUGCUCUCAAGAAGAAGGAUGACAGGAGACUACCUGCCAUCGUGGCCCCCGGGUUACCCGGGGAGUCCCCGCUACAUUUAUCCUCACCACUACCAACCACUCUACAGAUUGACGAACAGACAGAGGGUGUUGAUCUGAGCACAGUGUCAGCUGCUGAUACAGUCGGUGAUGAGUUGGGCGCAUUGAGAGGAAACUCAGAUACUGAGAGCGUCAAAGACAAAGAUGCUUAGAGAAUUGAUGUACAUUAGAUAUUUUAUUAUGCUUCAAUCGUCAGUUUUGGAUCUCCGAGUAUGAUUGGCACUAUGGUUUAUUUAUGAGAAACUGGUUUAUUUAUGAGAAAC